UGGCUCCUUCCCUGACCCCUUCUGGAAGGGUUGGGCCCGGGGACGAGUCCAGCCAAAGCCUCCGGCCAAUGGCUGGCCUUUCUUGGGCCAGGCUGAGCUGCGUCGAGGGAGGGGUAGCCGCUGCCAGACCCAGAUACUUGCUCCCCUGCUGAUCUCCAGCCCCUUGUCCUCCCCACUCAGCUCACUGCCCCAUCCUGCCCCUCAUUCAGCCAUGCCUGAGAAUGGGCUCGACUCUGCGUCCAGUCUGGCGGCUGCCGGAAUGCUCUUUGGCCCUCUUUCGGACUCAAUUCGGAAGCUGAGUGAGGGCUGAUAGCCGUCCGGCCUCUCCUUCAGGGACUCCACCCCAUCCCCCACUCCACUGCCAAUGCAGCAGCCCCCCCCCUGCCACCGCAAAGGCACGGGUUUUAGGCUUUCUUGGCUUGGGAACUGCAGAAUGGACGGUGUGGCUGGACCUUCAAACUGACACAGCGCUGCUGUUCCUGUUCUUCUUGCCAAGCGCAAUCAAGACACCAGCCGCCCGCCCUGCUUUCUGGCUGACCAUUCCUGCUGAAGCCUUUGCAGAGACGCCACACCAGGUAGAACCCAGGAACGCCGGCUUCGGCAUGUGGGCACAACUGUCUGCCGUUUUGGCCCUCCUUUGCCUGCUGCAGGUGCAGGCCGAGCUGCCCGUUCAGGCUGACUUCCAGCAAGAGCAGUUCACAGGCACCUGGUACAGCAUCGGCCUGGCCUCCAACUCCCGCUGGUUCAAAGAGAAAAGGCAGGUCAUCAAGAUGUGCACUACGGUGGUCUCGCCCACGGAAGACGGGAAUCUGGACAUUGCCUCCACCUACCCCAAGCUUGACCAGUGCGAGACCAAGAGGACCGUUUUCCUCCGGACGGAGGAGCCAGGCCGCUUCACUUACACCAGCCCUUGGUCAGGAAGCGCCCACAACAUCCGGGUGCUGGAGACCAACUACAACGAGUACGCGCUGCUGGGGGACACCAUCACCAAGGGGGCCGACACCUUCACCAUGGUCACCCUGUACGGGAGGCAGAAGCAGCUGCGGCCGGAGCUGCUGGCAAAGUUCACCCAGACAGCCUUGACCCAGGGCCUCGCCCAGGAAGACAUCCUCAUCUUGCCCCGGACUGAUCUCUGCAUGGGAGGAAGCGCGUAGGUGAGUGGCUUUCGUUCAGUAUCCAAGAAGUUACUCGCCUGGCUUCUGGCUCCCGCCUCCAAGGGAGGGAGGGGGAGGCAAGACCCCUUUCUCCCUGCAGUGCUGGAAUUCUCCCUGUGGCCUCCUUUCCCCUCCAGCCCAGCACCGACCCACCCCCGCCUGCCUCUCGCCUGAUAGCAGCCUUCCUCCUGCCCUGGAAAUAUUAAUAAUAGCAAUAAUAAAAGAAAAUGUAACACA